AAUAUGAUGGCUCAAUCAGAUUCAGAUUUCGUGGAAGAGGAAUCACUAAAGAAGGAUUUAAAGUUCUACUUUAUGAAUCCGUGUGAAAAAUACAGAGCUAGACGUCAGAUACCAUGGAAAUUGGGGCUUCAGAUUCUGAAGAUAGUUAUGGUUACUACCCAGCUUAUACUUUUUGGUUUGAGUAACCAGUUGGUGGUUUCUUUUAAAGAGGAGAAUACUAUAGCUUUUAAGCACCUGUUUCUGAACUACUCUGGGGUUGAUGAAGAUGACUACAGUUGCAGUGUGUACACACAGCAAGACGUCUAUGAUAGUAUCUUUUUGCAAUUAGCCAGGUAAUAUCAGCAGCUGGAGAAUAUAUCACUGGGCACACUCGGUUAUGAGCAAGAUGAAGAUGACAUGGCUGGCUUACACAUAUGUAAGCAACAAUAUAAGAAAGGCACAAAGCUUUCUUCUAAUGAUACAUUGCUCAUAAACAGUACUAUUGAAACAGAAUGCAUUCAUUGGAAACCUCAGGAUCUGUCCACUAAGGAAAUAAGUGAUUUAAAAAAUUCAACAUUUUUCAACCUUGAGUUCUAUAGGUAACAUGCAGUUGAAAUUUAUUUUAAACUAAAAGGCAUUGAUCUGCAGUCUAUUCAUACUCGUGAGCUGCGGACUGUUACGAUUUUUUUCUUGACAGAUUACUUUUAACAAUAUGGCUCCAGUGGUAAAAUAAAAAUAUUUGAUACUGAUGCUGACAUUCAGGAAUGUAAAGACUGGAAUAUAUCCGGCUCUUUUCAGAAGAAUACACAGUAUAUCUGUUUUGAUGGGCUUGUUAUAGUGAGCUGUUUUGCUUCUCUAAUUCUCUGCACACGAUCUAUUAUUGCUCUAAAAUUGCAAAAGAGAUUUGUGAAUUUUUUCCUGGAGAAGUAUAAACGUCAUGUAUGCAGUGCAGAUCGUUUAGAGUUUAUAAAUGGAUGGUAUGUUCUGGUGAUUAUCAGUGACAUAAUGACUAUCGUUGGCUCUAUAAUGAAGAUGGAAAUAAAAGCAAAGAAUCUUACAAGCUAUGAUGUCUGCAGCAUUUUUCUUGGGACGUCCACUCUAUUUGUUUGGGUUGGAGUCAUUCGAUAUUUGGGCUACUUCCAAACCUACAAUGUACUCAUUUUAACAAUGCAAGCAUCUUUACCCAAAGUCCUCAGAUUCUGUUGUUGUGCUGGGAUGAUAUACCUUGGGUACACUUUCUGUGGAUGGAUUGUUCUAGGACCAUAUCAUGACAAGUUUGAAGAUAUGAACAAGGUAGCAGAAUGUCUCUUUUCUUUAGUCAAUGGCGAUGACAUGUUUGCUACGUUUGCUCAGAUCCAGCAGAAGAGUACCACAGUCUGGUUAUUCAGUCGAUUUCUGUAUUCCUUCAUUAGCCUCUUCAUAUAUAUGAUACUCAGUCUCUUUAUUGCCCUCAUUACAGAUGCCUAUGACACCAUCAAGAAAUACCAACAAACUGGGAUGCCACUUACAGAUCUUCAUAAAUUUUUAAAAGAAUCUAACAGUGAAAAUUAUGGUCUAGGACAGCGGACAUCCACGAACCUCUGUUGCUGUAUGAGGCGAAAAAGUGAUGAUAACUUUUUACUUAUUAAUUAAAGAUAGUUGGCAUGGCCCAAAUUGUCAACAAACUGCUGGAAAGCUGGCCAUCUUGAAUUUAUUGGAAACACUGUGUGUGCAAGCCUUUUCCACUUAAGGAAAACUUAAGGAAAAAGAAGUAGCAGUUUUUCUGCCAUCAACAGUGGGAAGCUCAAAAUUUGUAAUAAAAGUGUUGGAUGAACAGUUUUGAUUGCAAUAGCUGAUCUUAAAGAGGAAAAGUGAUUACACACUUUUCAAUUGUAACUUGCUUUCUAAAUAUUUUUAUAUUAAAAUAUUUAAAUGAGA